GCCAUCUUGAAGAGAGUGUGCUGUGCCUCGGGACGUCAUAUUUUUAUCUCCCGACAUCAACAUUGGCGUUGGAUUGAAUUCCAUUUUUUCUGGUUUUAUACCCAUCUGGACGGACCAAGAAAUAAGGUUCGUUCCACGGGUCUGUUUUAUCUAAAUGGUUGCCUGGAGACAGAAUGUCUACUUUGCCUGGGAUUCCGUUGAAGGGGGAGAGAGGAAAGACAAAGUACCAGUUACGAGACAUAAAUAGUUUGUACAGGGGAGAAUCAUUGGAACCACAUCAGCAGAAAAGCACAUUACCCCGCAAACAUGGCAUGCAAAGUUUGGGAAAAGUCCCCUCUGCACGACGUCCUCCAGCUAAUUUACCAAGCUUGAAAUCUGAACAUAGUGGCAACGACCCUGCAAUAAGCCUAGUUCCUAGUGGUGGCACAGGAUGGGGCAGCAAACCAGGAGAAACCGGCCAAGCACCGACUGCUCCACAAUCAAAUGCAGUUCCAGUCACAUCUACGUCACCUCAGACAUGUGCUGCAACAACAUCAAUAACAACUGUAACAAGUGUCACGAGUGCAACUCCACCAAAUGUGACGACAUCUCCAGCACCAAGGCCAGCAGUACCUUCACAGCCCAUAGUACACACAGACAAAUCAUGGAGCAGCAUUAUGGCAGGAAAUGCAGAAAGCAAUGUACAUCCUCCAAGCUUUCUUGCUCAUCAGUCACCUCAGUUCCAACAAGAAUUUCCCAAGUUGUCCAGUGGCGAAGGUCAACCCACUGCAGUUGCAAAAGGAGCAUCCGAUACACAGUAUGGUCCAGGACCCAGUUUGCGACCUCAAACGGAAGGAAGCUGGAUCCAAGGAGGGAGCCGGAAAUCUGGCCCGCCAUCAGCCCAGAUCCCAAGUGGAGGGGCAGCAAGUGGUGCUCUCCAGGCUGCUGCUGUCCUGGGCCCCCUAGUUCAUGUACCAUCCCAAGGGAUGGAGGAUGGGAUGCCAAGGAGCAGCUUGGGCCCCUGUGCUGCCCUGGGUGGGGGCUUGGCCCCGGGAGGCCCUGGAGGCUCAGGAGGAAGCACACCUGCUGGAGGUGGUGUCAUGCCACUGCACAUGGCAACCUUCAGACCUCUGAACCCAUCUUUCUUGUUCCGAGGUAAUUUCUCGGGCUUCAGACCGAAUUUACAGCGGCCACAUUUCAUGCUUCCUUCAGAUUCUAGAUUCAUGUCACCUUCAACACGUUCGACGUCAAGUGUUGAUGAUGAGGUGAUUACUAGACCAAUAAUAAAGGAAGAGGAUUUCAGCAAAAUGGAUGAUAUUGCCCGUGAUGCGGGUUGGGCGGCACACGAUGAUAUUGAUUACAAUCAGAAACUGGCAUUCAGUGACGAUGAAAGUACAAUGGAUGAUGAUGGAAAAGAUGGGAAACAUGGUAGCAAGGAGGAGAAAAAACAGUUGGAAGUGGAUGGCGAUUCUGAUAGAGCCCGUACUGAUCAGCGUGAUAAAGAGGAGACAGGAUCUCUAGAACGAAAGGAUGACAAAGAAAAGCGUCUGGAUAGAGGACCUCUAGAGCAGAGGCCAUGGCAUCAAACUCAUGCUGUGCCAGUAGAGUACAGAACCCAUUCUGGAUCUUCAGUGUCAGGUUCAGGUUCUACAAUUGGCAGCUUCCAUAUCUCAGUGAUGCGAACAGGUCCUCAUCCAGUUGGAGGACCAGGACCUCGAGCAGUUGAGGAUGAAGAAAUAUGGCAUGAGAGAAGACGUCAGCAUUGUGCCGAUGUUGCACUGGCUGUUGUGCGUGCCAGGCAGCGCAAGGAAGAAGAAGAACAGCGUUACCAAAAGACUAAACAGGGUGCAGCUUUAAAGUUACAACAAUUGGAAGAGAAAAUAGGACGGAAAGCUUCAUUGGAGAAUAAAGAAAAUAAGGAGAAGUUUGAUGAUAGCCACAACCGUGCAUCAAGAGUGGACUGGGAAAAGGAUCAUGAGAACGAGAAAUGUAGGGAUAGAGACAGAUCUAGAACUAGCAGUGAAGGUCGCGAUGAAAAAUUGCCCAAUGACCUAAGAUCACUGCAACAGGUUGGAGAACGUGUAGUUCGUGGUGACCGUGAAAAGGAACGUGAACGGGAACUUCGCAGUGAGAGAGAACGUGAUUGGGAUAUACGUGCUGAUAGAUUCAAAGAAGGUCGUAAUUAUAGAGACAGACAUGAACAGCCAACAUUUUCGAGUGACUUCCAACAUAACCUUCCUCCAAGAUUCCAGAAGCAACAAGCAGAACGCUCCUACUUGUCACGUAUAGGAGCAGGAGGGCCACCUAACUUGCCAUUAAGUGGCACUUCUGGCUCUCUGUCUCAAGGGACUUCAGUUUCACAAGGACUCUCAAGUGCACAAUCGUUUGACCCUCGCUGGAAUGGAUCUGCAGCUCAUGUUGGUUCUUUUAAUUUUGCAGGGUCAUUGCCUGGUAGUGGAGGUCUGAAGAGCAGCCAUCAUCCACACAGACGUGUACACGGUGAGACUGACAUGUCAACUUCUGAUAGAGAAUGGGAAGGAGACCAUGAUCGAGAAAGAGAGCGUGAUUGGGAGCGAGAGAGGGAACGUGAAAGGGAACGUGAAAGGGAACGUGAAAGGGAAAGGGAACGUGAAAGGGAACGUGAAAGAGAGAGGGAAAGGGAGAGGAAUCGUGAUCGUGAAAGUGCACCAGAUCGUGAACACAGCAGGGAAUGGGACAGGAAACAGGAUCAGGAACGUGAUAAUGAAAGAGAGAGAGACCGUGAUAGGGAGAGGGAACGGGAACGGGAACGUGAACGUGAUAGUGAACGUGAUGUUGAAGAGAAGCCUGCUACUUGGGAUCAUCGAGAGAGAGAUGCCAAGUCAACCAAGGAUCAACACACAUUGGAUGUUACUGAACGAGAAAGGUUCAGGUCCAGGGACUACAGACCAUACUCUGAAAAUGGCUCCAGAAAAAUUACGGGAAAUUACUUUGAUGCAGCGCCAGAAUACCAGAGAACGUAUAGGUGUAGUUCUCUAGAAUAUGAAAAAGGGCAGGACUAUGAGAGGAAGUGUGAUCAACCUGAAGCUCCUAAAGAGCAUAGAGAUGGUAAUCUCGUGAGAGAGAUGAGGGAAAAGGAGAGGGAUGUUAGGCUUCCCGAGGAAUCAAGAGAACUGGAUACUAAAUGUGAUGUUGUGGACAGACAUCAGCCUUCUGGAAUUUCAGUUAUGGAAAAAAAUUCAGUUUGUCCACCCGUCAAACAAACUGAUGACUGGCAUGACAACAAAGACUGGAAGAAAUCUCAAGAAGGGGAUAACAAAGACUGGUGUGAGAAAGAACAAGAUGUUGCAGCCCGAAGAGCUGGCAGCUGUGAAUCUCGAUCUUCAAGGGACAGUGUUAGGGAAGAGAAGGAUCUUGUCAGAGCUUCGCAUGCUGGUGAUAAACAGUCCCGUGAUUUUACAUGGGUGGAUUCAACAGAAGUGCAGUCUGCUGAAUUGAAGAGUGAAAAGAAAUUGGAUAACCACAGGGAGGACCGGAGAGAAUCUGUACGUCAUGCACCUGGGCCAAUUACAAAAGAGAAGUUAGAAGCAUCAGAGCUUCGCAAUGACCAGAAAAGGGGCACACUGACACAGCUAAUGCGAUCUCUGUCCAAUCAAACCCCAGUACCUGCAGAAGAAAUAAAGCAAGAAAUGAAGGAGGGGCAGGCAAUAGAAUCAGAAAAAAACAAUGAGUCCAAAUCUGUGGAUACAGGAGAUCCAUGGCAGAAGAUUCAGCCAAAUAAUUUAGAACCUUCCUCAACAGAAGGUGAAACUGUAGUAUCAGUGCCAGAAAAGGCUCCAGAGCAGAGCAAAAUAUGGAAUGAGGCAUCGCCUACAGCCGAAAAUUCUCAAAGUUCUGCUUCAAAUAUUAUGAACGAGAGCCAUUCUGAAAAUGAAAAACAUGAUACCGAUUCUGUGAAAAUUAAAGAAGCUCCAUUGGAUGAGAGUGUAACCAAGGCAAAAGAAAAUAAAUCAAUUGAAAGUGAUGCAUCCAGUAGGGAUGUGAAGCGAAUGGAGGAAAGCCCAUCCUCUUCUGAACUGAAGACUGAGAAGGAACAAAGAAACAGAAGUCACACACGUCAAGAGCAACCUCGAGGUAGACACAGUGGCUACGCAGUGUAUCGUGGAGGUGGCUGGGGUCAACAGCGAGACUCGAGAGUGAAUCGUUGGGGUGGAUCAAAUAGGAACGUUCAUAAUUUACGUGACGAGUGGACAGAAUCGGAAGAGAUUUCAGGAGAUGAAGUUUCUGCCUCCACAGAAUCUGGAAAAGAAGACGUAGGACGUGCCAUUGGUGCACCACCUAGAAGAGUGGAGAAAGAUAAUCGGCGUACUCCUCGGUCACCCAAACAGAACACAAAAAAGACAGAAAAAGAUGAACGCAACAGAGAUACGAGGAGACCCGAAGGGGAGAAAGUCACUCAAUCAUCUGAUUCUCGUAGAUUUGAGAAACGUACUUACGAAAGUGCUAGAAGUGGUCGUGAAGGAUUUGCCCCACGUGGUGAACCCUCACGUAGGGGACGUGGUGGUUUCAGGUUUCGUGGAAGUUUGGGAAAACGUAUGGAUGGUUAUGGUCCUCCUUCAUCAAAAAGUCCCUUUGGACAACCUUCUGAAGAAACAAAAAUAGUUAUUCCUGAUACUGCGAAAGAAAACCAGAAAAAUAUGGAGCCUGUUGUAAAUGAAAUAAACAAAGACGAUCUCGGAGGUGAGAUCAUUAGCAAUGAAGACAAAAUAAAACAGAAGCAGCAAGUACUAUCUGCUGGAAUUAUAGGUAGUGGUGUGAGACAUCACCCAGGUGCUAACAAGAUGUCGGGGCACAUACCUCCUCGAAUGCAGCGGAAGUCGGAGAGUGAACGUAGAGACUCCAGCAGAAGCAAAGGAGGCAACGGCAGUCGAGGAGGGGGUCACGGGCAAGGUAGGACACCUCAACGGGCAUUUGGAGGGCCUUCAAACCAGAAUACGCAUAAUUUUGAUGGUGGUGAUGAAUGUUGGGAAACCACUUCUGAAAACAGUGAAACAGAGGACCGAGAAAGAAAUGUGGGUACUCAUAAUGGGAAACAUACAUACCCUCAGUCACGUGAUUCACACAGCAUGAGCCGUAGGGCAAAGAACAAUAAAGGUGGUUCUGGAGGUGGAGGAAGUCAUUCUGCGAGAAUGCCUGUUCCAGAAAAACCUGUAGGCAAUGUUGGAAAUACAAGUGAUAAUAGUGGGGGAGGUAUGGCACAGAGGGGUGCUUCAUCCCAAGACAACCGUUCACAAAACCGUGGCAUCACUAACAACCCAGCAACAGUGGGUAAUAAGUAUGGAGCAAAAGAAUUACCAAAUUCAGUCAACAAAGUGGAUGAAAAUAAAGUUAAUAACAGUACAAUAGUUGCACAGGCAGUCAAUGAACCUAAUUCAGCUAAGAAAAAAGUAGAAAAAGACAAGACAAAUGCUUUGGAGAAAUAUGAUCUUAACAACUAUGCAAGUGUGGUGAUAGUUGAUGACCAGCCUGAAGUGACAGUCGAGGAUGGGAAUUUCGCUUUUGGUGCAGACAGCGGCUUUCAAGAAGUGCGAAGUAAGAAGAAUGUAAAGGAAGCGCGCCAGAAAGGAAAUGCUGAGGACGCGAAGCCAGCUGGUCGCCCUCCCCGGGAAAAGGAGCCACGAAAAUCUAAGCCCGGGAGUACGCAACAAUCAAGCCAUCCUCCACCACAGCAGCUGCAGCCACAACCUCAGGCUCAGGCACAACAGACUCCACUACCGCAAGGGCUUCCAGCAACCACAGCACCAUCACCAUCUUCCUCACCAGCAACACCACAGCAGGGGCAGCCUCCAGCUCAGCAACAAUCUCAGCAUCUUGUUACCCAGCCACAACGCCAGGGGUCACCUUCAGGAAUGACAGCACAGUCUGUUCCACAGCAGCAACAGCAAAUAACAGGCAAAACUGUCCUUCAACAAGAAAUUUCUCAACAGCAAGUACAACGGCAGCCCCAGUCCCAGCAGCAGCAACCAUCACCAACACCAACACCACCAACACAGCAGCAGCAGCACCAGCAGCAGCAGCAGCAUCAGCAACCCUCCCAGCAGCCAGCUGCCCAGCAGCAAAGGCAGCAGCAGCAGCAGCAGCAACAGCAUCAGGCUACAGCAGUUGGGUCACAAAACCAAGGAAGUGCAGGUUCUGGUCCACCAUCUACCAUAGCUGCGGUGCCAACUACUUCUUCCGCACCAACAGCUCCGGCAGCAAAGUUCCCUACAGAACGUCAGCGACAGAACAAACUUCCCCCUCGGUUUGUCAAACAGAGGAUGAAGAUGGCUGAGCAACAGAAUUCAGGUGCCCAUGUGGGAGCUCCAGACACAAGCAAGCAAAGCCGUCUCUUCCCAACAAAAGAUGUGAACAGUCCUGCACCUCCACCUCCGGUGAAUGCAUGGACAAAACCAAUUAAUGCAUCAUUGCGACCAAAUUCACCAGCUACAGGAACUGUUCCAAACUUACAACAGUUAGCAGUUGUAUUAGGGAGUCAGGUUGAUCACUGUGCUGUGGAAGUAAGUGAUCAGCAGCCACAAUCUGGAACCAGCAGCCAUCGUAGUACACCAAAUAGUGAAAGUGUCCAGGCAAAAACAGCUAGAGAGGCUACAGAUAAAACAGUAUUGGAUGGAACAUCACCUCCUGUUCAGACAAUAAUUUUUGAAAACACAAAUUACAAGACUACCCCUCCUGAUUUGGCUGUAAAAUGUAAAUUUGCAAACAUGAAGACAUCCAGAGCGGAUAAAAGCAGAGAUCGAAAAAUUGGUGAUGAUGGGGAAGACAGUCCACUGGUCUUCAAUAAAGCAAGUGGUGCAAUACCAGACAUUGGCAAGAAUGGGGAAAAUAAAUCAGAAGCAAUCCAGAUGCCUCUGACUUUCAGCAAGAACGAAGAUGUGGUUGACAUGAAACUGGACUUCACAUUUGCUGACUCAGACCUUUCACAGCUUACAGAAGAUAAGACUAACAAAGCAGUUGGUAUGCCACGAUCAAUGCACCUUUCUCAGCAGGUGCAGUCAACUAUUUCACCAUCUACUGCCGAGUUGAAUUUAAAAAUUCAGUCAGUAAAGAAGGUCUGGGAAAAUGUUCCUGUCAUGCCAGCAGUAAUUGAACACACAGAGGAUGGUAGUGUAGCAUCUACUGCUUCAUCUUUCACGCCAUCAUUUGGCAAUGCUGUUGAUUCUGCUUUAGAUCCAGCAACAUUUGUGAAGGGUGUUGAAGGAUGUAAUGUUGUUACUGCUGACGAAAAUUCUCCAUUAAAUGCAAAUGAAGUUGUUUACAGUGCUGGAGCAGCAUUGCAGGGAAAUGCAAGUAACUACAGUGGGGGUGUUCCUGUAUCCACAGUACCAGCAUUGAAAAAUGAUGCACCUGCUACAAGUAGCAAUGUUUGUAAGCUGAUUACCCUGCAGGUGAAACCUCAACAGCAGCCUGUAAUGUCAGCUGGUCCAUCUCCAAUAGGCCACUCAGGCCCACUGUCACCUCCGCCUUUCAAUUCGAGUACUCAGCAAGGACACAUAAACUAUCAGCCAACCUUGGGAGGCACAGCUGCUCAGUAUGGGGGCAUCUCAGCUAUUCCAUCACCACCGACAGUACUGUACAAUUCUCCUGGUCAGGGAGGGUUAUAUGCACCAUUCCAGAUUGAUGGACCACAGGUCAUGGGUGGCCAGGCACGUUCACAGUUCUCUGGAUUUCCACCAUAUGGCUUAUCACAGGGAAUUGGUCAAACAUCGGCAUUUAAUCAACAGUCUCUCUAUCUGCAGACACCAGCGCACCCACCACCAAAUGCUGCACCAGAAAUUUAUCAGUCAUCAAUGUCUCCAUUCAGAUUGACUGCUCCUCAGGCACCAUUUGGCCAGUCCCAACAAUUAAGUAACAAUCCAAACACAGUUCUGAUUUCAUCAACAUCCAACUCUCUGAUGUCAGCUACUGUGAAACCAUCAUCACAGCAGAUUGGUCCUAUAGGUGCAAUUGGAACAAAGGGUGGUGGGCCUUAUCAGCAGAACACAAUCCCAUCAGGACCACAGCCAUCUCAGUUAUUCAUGUAUGAUCCAAAUCAAGUUAUGGGUCAGAAUUACCUUCCCAACUCUCAGAUGGUGCAACGUCCAGGACCAGUGCAAAGCAAUGUUGUACCACCCAUUCCACCUUCUUCCUCAUUUUACUCUGGCUCAGCAGGUGGCCAAACUGGAUUCUAUCAGCCAACAAAUUCGAAUCUGCCUCAACCAGCUUCUGCCCAGCAGAUUCAUCAGACAGGGUCUCCUUAUGGGUUACAGGGAUUCAGUAACCAGUCUGGGACACCAGCGCCUGUGGGCUUGCAAGGAUUUGGCUCUCAGAUGGCUCAGCAGUACCGUAACACAGGAGUCCCAGGACAAGCAUUCAUAAAAUCUGGUGCACAACAUCAAACUGAGCAUAAUGCUGCUUCCAAUGGCAGAGUUCAGCCAAAAUCCCCAUCAGCAAAUCAACAAGAUGUGCUGUCAUCAGUUUCAGUAUUUUCUACUGUUCCGCAGAUACCAUCUCCCAAGUCACGCAACAUAAAGCAGCAGCAGCAGCAGCAGCAGCAGCCGCCGCAGCAGCAGCAGCAACAGCAGCAGCAACAACAGGCUCCGCCACCACCCCCUUCAGCCCAACAUCAGCAUCAACCACAUCAACCACCUCAACCACCGCCACCACCACCACCACAACAGCAACAGCCACAACAGCAACCACAGCAGCCACCACCCCCACCCCCACCACAGCAACAGCAGCAAGCACAACACAGUCCUACACAACAGCAAGCACCACAUCUUAAAUUUGGUGCUUACCAAGGUGUUUCACAAGCUCCCGGCCAACUGCCCUUUCAGCAAGCUGCAAGAGCUCAGCUUAAUAUAGGAGUAAGAGCUGGUAUGCCGCCACCUGCAGCACCCAUAUACCCACCUCCCAUUCAGAGACCUGUGACUUAUUCUCAAGGAGGUGGUGUAUCUGCCAAUAGUAUGAUGGGAGGUAGGCCCCGUCAGCAGCUAACUCAGCAGCUACCGCCACCGCCACCACAACCACAACAGCCGCAACAAUUACAGCAUCCCCAUCACCCACCACCACCACCACCACCACAGCAGCAACAACAGCACCAGCAUCCACAUCCACACCAGCACCAGCAGCAUUCACAGCCACCACAAGAACCAAGGCAACAUCACCAACAGCAGCAGGAACAGCAGCAAAGGCAGGAUCAACAACGCCAAAAGCAACACGAGCAAAGGCAGCAACAGCAGCAUCAGCAUCAGCAUCAACAGCAGCAUCAACAGCAACAGCAGCAUCAACAGCAACAGCAAGAACAGCAGCAGCAGCGUCAACAAGAGCAACGCCAGCAGGAGCAACAACGACCCCAGAUGCAAUCUGCUACCACACAGCAGCCUCAAGCACAUGGUGCCACUGCUAGAGGACAGAGUGCUGGCAAGCAGCCACCUAGUGCUACAGGACAGGCAUAUUACACAUCACAUGGUCUUGCAGUGGAAAACAGUGAUGGGAAAUCAAGUAGUGAUUCUGAGGGCAAAGUAUGUGAGAACAGUAACACAGGUGGUAGUGGUGGUAAUGGUAAACCUAAAUCCAGUGCUGGGCUGGGGCACAGUCAGGGAGAUCAAAAACUGCCAGCUGAUGGACGAAAGGAAGAAAAGCCCUCAAGUACAUCUGACUGAACGUUUUGUGCAGUAAUUUCAUUCAGAGAUAUUUACUUGCAUAUCGUUCUUGUACAGAGUGCUCUUGGAAGUUUGAUAUGUUGCAGAGUUUAUCAGUUUUGGUGUAGCAGUUUUCAAGCUUUUUUCCCUAAUAAGUCAUGGUUUUUUGGACAGAAAACAUUCAGUUGUAUUAAAAAAAGUAUUCAGCUAUUACAAAGAUACUGAAUUAUUAAACAGCAUGCUGGGACCAUUUAGAGAAAAAUAAUAAUUCUGUUGUUAUUGUUAUUAUUAUAAUUAUUACUAUCAUUACUGAUGGUGUAAUUGUAACCAGCUUAUGCUGUGAUACAGGAAAUGCAGUAUUUUUGUCGUUUGUCACAAUCUACAUGUAGUAAACACUGAGCCUGUGACGUUACAUUACCAUAAAAAAAUAAAAAAAAUGCGUUCUGACAGCUGCCCAGUUAAUCUGCAAUGAGGAAGUGGAUGGUGUGAUUAAAAUCUCUGAAAUAUCAGUAGUGCCGAUUUGUGUCAAGCACCAGUGUGGCAAAGCUUUUCAGUGAAAUGUAAAGCAAGAGCAUUCCAAGUACUUAAAGUGCAGAUGUUACAUGAGCAGGAAACAAAAAUACUGAUACAAAUUCAUCAUGGAAUUGGACUGCAUUACACAAAAUAUGUCAGUAAGGAACAUGAAGCCGUGACUUUAAGGUUGUGGAAUUACUUGUGCACAUUAAAUGUGGAAUAUUUACGGCUUUCACUCUGUAUUAUGUUUUACGUUACAUUAAUACAGUAGUACAUUAUGGAUGCAUUUUUUGUCUUCUUGCUUUGUAUUAAGUGGGAUGUGUGUGAAAGUUGGAGGAAGUGCUGUGCUUGAACUUAUAAAAUGCUUGUUGAAGGAAAUGUUUAGAGUAUUUUCAUUAUGGAAGAUGUAAUAUUGUGUAUUUGAGCAAGAAUCGAGAAAUACUUAAACAAGUGAUCCGGGUUCGUUUAUUGUGAAAAAAGAUUAUUUUACCAUAUGUAAUAAGAAUCAAUUAGUAAGAUAAACUUGUAUGAAACAAAGUAUUAUCGUAUUUGAGAUUUUUAAUUGUUGUUAGAUUGCUGAGCCAAAUAUUAAAAAAGUUUGGAAAUAAUGAAGUGUCAAGAGUAAAGUUCAGCAUAUCUUAUGUGGUACGUGGUUUGCUAUCAUUAUGGUUGCCAAGUAAAAUACCAAGCUUAUGGCAUUAUAAAUUGAUAAUUGCAGAGAAAGAAGGCAGUGAAAACUAAUGAAAUGUGGGUACUGUAAUGAUUUGAAAAUGGGAUAACAAUUCUAGGAAACUUACUGAAAAUGAAAACAGCAUAUUGGAAAUGAAGGAACGGCCAGUGAGGUUUGUCUGCAGAGCUGUAUGCCACUCAGAUGUAAUUUUGAGCAAAGUACUAUUCAGCUGAGUUAAUGUGUAUGCAACUAGCUUGAGAGAAACCAAGAUAUUGACAAUUAAUGCAUAGAAUUGUAGAGAUGUUAAUGAUGUUGAGGAAAAAACAGUUAAGAUGCCUCCUUUACUUGUGAACUUGGGUUUUGGUGUGCUUUCUUGCAUUAAGAUAACCAGGAAAUGAUUCUGUUAGAUUAUUAAGUAAAACUUGCUCAUGUGAGCAAUAUCAUGAUGAUGUGUAAAAGAUGAUGUACUGUACAUAAAAUGGCCACAUCAGAAAAAUUUUGCCACUUUGAGUAAGAUUCUUACUUUACAACUGUGUCUUUGGUGUUGGUAUGAACUGAAGUUUCUUUUUAAUUUUUUAUCAUUUUUGUAGUUACUGUGUGAUUAUACAUACGGCAGUGUUGAAAAUCUCUCUAGAGACUGAAGAAAUAAUGAACUUCAAUGCAGUCUUGAAUAAAAGUGUUGUUCAAGUGAUUUCAGUUAAUUAAAAGAUAUCCUCAAGUUGAAGUGUUAAAGUGAAACCCUGGAAUAAAUGAUGAUUUCCGUUCAAGAACUCUGACAAACUGUAGUGUUGGGAACUAUUCACAUAUUAGCUGUUUCAUAAGUUAGUAAGUUUUCAGAAGCAUCUACUUUAGACUUCCUCCAGGUCUGUGCUCUAGGUGUUUAAUAACCCUACAGUCCUAAUCUUGCCCUGCAGUGAAAGUGCUAAACUUAUGUUGUGUGGUUUGUGUGUAGCAGAUCUCUUGUGCUACAAAGGAAAUGAAAUUAUCUAUGGUGCAGCACACUUCAAAUUUAAACUGAUUCUUUAAAAGAGACAGCUGCUAUCAAAGAAUUGUUCUUAUAGUAGACAAUUCGUUUGCUGUAUAUGGUACUGAUUUUUUCAGUCUCUGUAUUGAACUGUCAUUGCGUCAGCAUGUUGGAUUAAGUUGGAUGAUUUUUUUUGUUGUAUUCGAGUGAAAUGUUCCGUAAACAUGAAGCUGAAUAUUUUUAUUCACCCGAAAGAAUAUUUUUUAGGAUUCUGAAUUGAUGUUCCUUUUUAUUGUGGCUGAUUAGUCUCAGUGUUUCAGUAAGCUUUGGGCUUAUUUGCUGAACGUCAGAAGUGACAUUAUUGUGAUCAGUUUCUUUCCUACAUAAAUAUGAAAUAAAAAAGCUCAUUUCUGUUACUCAAGAAUA